AUGUUAGACGGAAAAAAGCAAUUUGUGCAAGGACAGCGAUUACUCGAUGGAAAGCAGGUGGUAUUCAAAAAACGUUUGGAUCACCUGAGGGAUCAUCAUGAAAAGUGCUCAGAGAAGUACACCAAGUACAUCAAUGCCCAACAGGAAAACAGCUCAGAUUCUGACAGCAAUGUAAUGACAGUUACUGGUGAACCACCUCCUGUGCUAGAAGAUCCUGAGGUUCCCCCCCUCGAGAGAACAGACAGCAUCUUUCUGCCACAAGACUACCUUGAUCAGCUCUCCAAGGUGUCGGAUGAAUUGGAGACCCUUUCAAGUUGCGUCGAAUGGACUGAGGAUGAAUUUGUCCCACCAAAGGAGCUGAUGGUGGAAAGCAGUUCUGAAGGAUCUGUUGAUGUUCCUGCUCAGCGCCCAAUGAAAAGAAAGAAAAGAAAACCUCACAGGACUUUGAAAAGAGCCAAACAGACGAUUACUUGCUCAGACAAAGACUCCAGGAGCAUAGAGAAUGAGAAGGACACCAAAAGAGCCAAACGGACGAUUACUUGCUCAGACACAGACUCCAGGAGCACAGAGAAUGAGAAGGACACUAAAACAGAGAAAGUACUUGAUUGUCCUGAUAGCGAGGUCUCUGACACGGAGGGGGACUCAUCUUUUUGUUCACCAGGAGGAUCUUCAACACCCCAAGAAAAGCAGAACAUGGAGUCAGACGGUUGCAGCUUUGAAUCAGGAACCACCAAUUCGAAUGAAAAAGAGCAUACAGUGGAGCCUGAAAAGUGUCCCUCCAAAACUGGCUCUUUGGUCACACCAUGGAUGAUGGAGUCAGACAAUGAUACUCCUGUGAAAGGAGCUUCACAGAAGAGAAGCUGGUCAGCUGUGGAGACCCAUGCCGUAGAAAAAACAUUAAAAAGCUUCAUAGAGAGUGGGAAAGUCCCUGGAAAGGCGGAUUGUGUUUCAUGCAUUGAAGCUUCACCAAAAGAACUGGAAAAUAGGACAUGGAAAGCG